CUAUUUUUAAAAUAUGUCACAAAAAUUCAAGGUUAGAAAGCUCAGAGAUUAAAAGCCAGAAGAGCUCUUAAAAGAUUUAGAAAAGCUUAAAGGAGAACUCAUUCAAUUAAGAACAUCCAAAGUUUCAGCUGGUAAUGCAUAAAAACUUGGCAGAAUUGGAGUAACACAUAAAUGUUAAUUUUUAAGUUAGUGAGAAAACGAAUUGCAAAAUACUUAACAGUCAUUAAUCAAUAAAGAAGAGAUUAAGUUAAAUCAACCACUAAGUCAAAUGGUAAACUCCCUGUUGAUCUCAGAGGAAAAUAAACUAGAGCAAUUAGAUAAAGAUUAACCAGAAGUGAAAGAGGUAUAUAUUCUAAAAAUCAAUUAGCUUAAAAGACUGACAGAUAAUGGAAAAGACUCAAUAAUUUCCCAUUGAGAAAGUUUGCUUUGAAAGAGUGAUUCAUUUAUAAUCAUAAUAGUACAAUAUUAUAAGCUAGU